AUGACAGAUAGUAGUAGUAGAGUACUAUUUAUAGUUGGAGCAAGCACUGGGUUUGGAUUAUCGAUGGUAAAGGUUUUCCUUGAACAAGGAUUUAGAGUUGCUGCAACAUCAAGAUCAAAACAACAAUUGGUCAAUGCUGUUGGUGAGACUGAUACAAACAAGUUUAUAGCUCUUGAAAAUAACUUAAAGGAGGAUGAAGCUAUCAACAAUACUAUUCAAGAUGUAAUCUCUCAUUUUGGUAGAAUCGACAUUGUCUUUUGUAAUGCUGGUUAUGGAAUGUCUGGAACCACCGAAGAGGUAUCCGACCAAAACCUUCGUGACAUGUUUGAUAUCAAUUUCUUUUCAUAUGCCUCUGUCCUCAGACAUGUCACCAAAUAUCUAUCGAGUGGAGCACACGUCUUCCUCCUCUCAUCAUCUAGUGGAUUCUCUACAUUCCCAUGCGGUAUUGCUUACAAUACUUCUAAAUUUGCUGUUUGUGCUCUUGGUGAAAGUUAUGCUGCUGAAGUUAAAGCAUUUGGAAUUAAAGUAACCAAUUUAAAUAGUGGAGCAUUUACAACAUCAUUUGCAAGUGGAAUGAAACAACCAGAGUUGAACCUACGUCAAAAGUACAAAGAUAUACACGACCAGUGUAGAGCAAUGGUCAAGGCAUUACCAUUCAAAGAUACAACUAAAUUUGCAGAGUUGGUGUUGGAGCUAGUCAACAGUGACAAGCCAACCGCACCCAUCAAUUUGUUUGUAGGUGCCGACGCCAAUGAAAUGGCUCAUGAAAAGAUUGCUCAAUUACAAAAGGAUCUAAAAGAUAAUGAAGAGUUUACUAUCAAUAGAUUCUUGACCAACUAA